AUCAGCAUUGGACCAAAGGGACCUACGUCUGGCAUAAAUAGCAGCAAGCACUCUGGUUUUUUCCUUUUCUGUGGCAGAACUGCUCAGCUGCAAGCACAAGCAAGGACUCUUAACUUUCCAGGGCUUCACAGGAAACACCACCCAAGACGAACGUGGAGGGUUUUCUGCACCGGCAAGGAAAUGGAAAACUUGAUCGCUGUCUGCGGCUCUUCUAGAAUCACCAUAGCAUUGCUUUUCACUGUUCUGAGCUUUGUUAAUAGUUUGCCUCUUGAGGAAGACUCUGUUUGCACGGCAGAAGAACUUGCAAGGUACACCAUUGUUUUCACAGGAAAGUGGAGCCAGGCAUCAUUCCCUAAGCAGUACCCUCUGUACAGGCCUCCAGCACAAUGGUCGUCACUUCUGGGCGCUGCCCAUAACUCAGACUACAACAUGUGGAAAACGAACGAGUUUGCCAGCAACGGGAUGCGUGACUUUGCCGAAAGAGGUGAACCCUGGGCAUUAAUGAAGGAAAUAGAAACAGCUGGGGAAAAAAUCCAAAGCAUUCACGGAAUAUUCUCCGCUCCUGCCAUUUCCACUGGCACGGGGCAAACGGCCGCAGACUUGGAGGUCCACCCAAGACACCCGCUGGUGUCCAUUGCAGUGCGAAUUGUGCCCAGCCCUGACUGGUUCGUGGGCAUUGACAGUUUAAAUCUGUGUGAAAAAGGCCGCUGGAAACAGAAAUUAUCUUUGGAUCUUUUCCCGUACGACGCUGGCACUGAUAGCGGCUUCACGUUUUCCUCCCCCAAUUUUGCCACUAUCCCACAGGAUCCCAUCACAGAGAUCACUUCUUCCUCUCCAAGUCACCCAGCAAACUCGUUUUAUUACCCCAAGCUUAAAAAAUUGCCACCUAUCGCUCGAGUAACCAUGAUAAAAGUGAAGAGAGGCAAACUGGGAUUUCCUCUUCCUCAGCCCAAUGUGACUGCAAUCAGGAAUGAAAUCGAUGAUUCUGUUUCAGAAACUCCCCUGGAUUGUGAGACAUCGCUCUGGUCUUCUUGGGGCCUCUGUAGAGGCACAUGUGGACAUUUAGGAACUAAAAGACGAACUCGGUAUAUACGUCUUCAGCCGGCUAAUAAUGGAAUACCCUGCCCAGAGCUGAAUGAAGAAACAGAAUGCGACCCGGAUAACUGCGUGUGAGACGGUUCUCUGGGACAAUAAUUUAGAUAAUUUAAAUAUAGGAUACACUUGGUUAAUACCACCUAUUCCUGUUAAUAUUCCUUAUUUUUCAGAAUAGUUGUAAUAUUUUGUUGAAAUGUUUUUGCUAAACUGAACUGCUAGAUGGAAAACAGCCUUUUUAUUAUGGUCUACUGCAGUGCCACCUGGUGGUAGAAACAUUUCUCAAACAUAUGUACUUCAAUUAUCAGACAUGCAUAUCUGUAAAAAAAA